UAUUUAUUUGUCCUAUUUAUUAACCCCGGUCGGCUACUAACUUUAACAUAUUGCAAGAUGACAUCGACUCGUGCUUCUAUUUUUCUAUCAAGGACAGUUCCACCUGCAGGAAGGGCUCUAUUGGAACCAGAGUUUUCUAUUAGAGAAUGGACAGGGGAUGGAUUCAUUACGAGGGAGGCGUUACUGCAGGGUGUAGUCGGUGCAAACGCUUUGAUUGUUCAUCCACCAGAUCGUGUAGAUAAAUCAGUUCUAGAUGCUGCUGGAAGUCAGCUUAAGGUUAUAUCUACCAUGUCAGUAGGCUUGGAGCAUAUUGAUAUAGCAGAAUGUCGUCGCCGUGGAAUAGCUGUCGGGUAUACCCCGGGGGUGCUUACAGAGACAACAGCAGAGUUAACACUUGCUUUGUUACUAGCUACUUCCAGGAGGAUUAAAGAAGGAUUUAAAGCUGUAGAAAAGGGAAUUGUGGGAUGGCAAAAUGGUCACUGGCUUUGUGGAAAACAGAUAAAUGGUUGUACAGUCGGGAUCGUCGGUUUAGGCAGGAUUGGUUUGGCCGUUGCGAAGAGACUACAACCAUUUGGUGUUGCGAAGUUUCUAUACAGUGGCCAUUCUGAAAAGCCUGGAGGAGCGGAGAUUGGGGCUACAUUAGUUUCGUUUGAUGAGCUGCUUCGAAAAUCAGACUUUGUAGUAGCAUGUUGUUCAAUGAACGAGGAAAACAAAGGUCUUUUCAACAAAGAUGCGUUUUCAAAAAUGAAAUCGGAUGCAAUAUUUAUAAACUCCUCGCGUGGUGUACUUGUCAAUCAAGAAGAUCUCUAUGAUGCUUUGAAAUCUGGUCAGAUAAUGGCUGCUGGCCUCGAUGUGACUUCGCCAGAACCACUUCCUGUUGAUCAUCAAUUGAAAACUUUAGAUAGCUGUGUUAUUUUUCCACAUUUGGGUAGCGCAACAACUGAUACCAGAAAUGUAAUGGCGGUCACUGCUGCUAAAAAUGCUAUUGCUGGAUUCAAAGGACAAACUUUGCCUUCACCGGUACCGCUGUAGUUCCGAAUACAAUAAGCGGAAACUUCAUUUUCAUUACAAAUUGCAAUAGACAUAUUUUGCCUUUUACAUCGUGGUACUUCUUUAGAGAAUGGGAUUAUCUUUUAGGGGAAAAUUGCAAUUGUGUGUCUUCAAUUACCAUGGUAUUGAAUAAUUUCAAUCAGCAUUGUAAAAAGGGUGUCGAUUUUUUGUAAAAAGUUAAGAACAAAAACAAAGUUCUUAUUUCAAGAUUCCUCUAAAAACAAAUAAUGACGUAACUAGAAAGUAAUCGUGACUUUAACAAACUGAGGUUUAACCGCUACAAUUUGUCAUGAACACCUUGUGCUGUGAUAUUUUUUUUAAUUAAGGAAUUUAGGUGGAUAGUGUUUUCUGGUAAAAUUGUAAUAGUGUUGGGGUUGGAUUAAAACAACGAUUACAAAACAUAUAUGUGUUACAUUUUGGUUUAUAUGCAUGCAAUA